AUGUCCAAACAGAUUAAUUUCAAGGGGAAUGGCAACAAAGAAGAAGAAGAAGACCCGGCAAAAGAGAUUUUAGAAAGCUUAAACAAUGACGAUUCAUAUGAUUCAUUUGUCACACCACCACCUUCUCAACUCACUUAUUCAAGAAAUGAUGGCCAAUUAAUCCUAGAUGAACAGGAUCAAGAUUUGUCUGCUAGUCACCAUAGAAGGGCAUCAAACGAGAACAUGCUUUCAGCUCAGUUAAGCCAAUGGACAUAUAAUAACAAUAGAGCCACUCUUCAAAAGGCCAUCUCGCAUGUUUCCGAUCUACUUGAUAAGAUAGAUCAGGAGAAUGAAGAGAGACCCAUGUUUUUAAUCCAAGAAGAUGAUGUGAAUAAAUUAAAUGUAUUACAACCACACUUGAAACUGGAAGGUACUUAUACAGUUAAACAUGACAAAUCUUUCAAUUUGGACAAAGCGGCAUUGGCUAAAUUAUUUCAUUCGCAAGUUCAGGUAGCGAAGAAACAUUUAAGCUCAUUGAAAAUAAGGCUUGAUGAUAUGUCCUCAAAGGUGUUUAUUACAGGCGAUGUCAAUACCGGAAAAUCUGCGUUUUGUAACUCUCUGCUGAGGAGAAGAUUAUUACCGGAAGAUCAACUACCAUGUACAAAUGUCUUUUGUGAAAUUCUAGAAUCCCGUGAUAACAAUAAUCUCGAAGAAGUCCAUGCAAUACCACUUCGCUUAGCUACAACAGUCAAAGAUGUACCCGCUAUUUAUGACAUUCAUAAUCGAACCACAUAUGACAUAUUUCCUCUGUCCUCUCUACCAGAAUUAGUACAGAGAAAUGACAAAUAUGUUUUACUCAAGAUAUACAUUAAAGAUGACAAAGUGUCCCCAGAGAAGAGCUUGCUACGUAAUGGUAUUGUUGAUAUUUCGUUAAUGGAUUCCCCAGGAUUAAAUAUCGACUCACUUCAAACAGCUGAGGUUAUGGCAAAACAAGAAGAGAUUGACCUUGUAAUAUUUGUCGUAAAUGCCGAAAACCAGUUGACUUUAUCCGCUAAAGAAUUCAUUUCACUCGCUUCAACUGAAAAGAAGUUCAUGUUUUUUGUUGUUAAGAAGUUUGAUAAGAUAAGAGACAAACAAAGAUGCAAGGAUUUAAUAUUAAAACAAAUUAAAGAUCUUUCUCCCGAAAGUCACAAAAGGGCGAAUGAGUUUGUGCAUUUUAUUUCUAGUCCUGAAUCUGACAUAAAUUCUCCUAGAGCAGGCAAUGGACCAGAUGGAGAUCCAGAUCCAGGUGAUGAUGGAGGUGAAUACAACUCAGCUGACCCGGAUUUUGACCAUUUACAAAGUUCCAUAAGAAACUUUGUCUUGAAGAAAAGAUCACUUUCCAAGUUGCUACCUGUGAAGACUUAUAUUGCCAAGUUGUUGACCGAUGCUGAAAUAAUAUCGAAAGCAAACCUGAAGCUAUUUGAAGAAGAGGACAAACAGUUGGAUAAGGAACUUCAAGAGCUAGAACCGGUGUUGAAUGAAGCUCAAAAUAAGACUGGAUACCUAACAAUGAAAAUAGAACACAUUGCAGAAAAUGCCAUUUACUCGUGCUACGAAUUUACAAAGAGUCAGAUAAAUAGCUCUCUAGAACUGACUUAUGACGAACUGCCUUCAUACCAAGGUGUAUCACGCAUACACGACUUUGUUUUCUCUACUGAGCAAUGCAUUAGGGACAAGAUCAAAUCAAAUGUUAUUAGUAGCGAGCAAUUUGCAAGGAUGCAAACUGAGAAAACUGUAAAUGAACUUGAGUCCCUUGGGAAGCAAGAGCUUGGCGAUGAAUUUAUGAAGGAGAGGUCUUUCCAAAGCGACCUCAUGUUUACUAAACGAAUUCAUACAGUAAGCAAGAAGAUCAACGUGCGCAUGUCGAUAAUGGAUUUCUUUGCACCAUCAUGGUCCAGCUUUGUGAGCUACAUUGGAUGGAGUUUGUCAGUUCCACUUCUGACAUCUGGAGAGAGCCAAAAUACUGCCGAUAAAACUGGUGCUGUAGUCAAAAAGACGGUUCCUGGCAUACUGGGGUUGAAAGAGUACCCUUUGGUGCAAUACUUUUCUCGUCCAUCACUACUGUUCACAUCUAGAUUACCUACCAUGGCCAUCUAUUCCGUUGGUGGUAGCAAGCUAAUGAGUAAUAUAGCCUAUAAUGGGCUGAGGUUGACCUCUGUGAACUCGCUGAAGAAAAUUGCUAGUCCCCUGUUGAUUCUGGCGUCUUUGCUAGGUGUUGCGUACCUGAUCCACGACCUGCCCAGAGCCCUUCCGCUCAACCUGUUGCGCAAGUACAAGCGUAAAUUGAAAGAGCUUGACUUUGUGCACCAGAACGCGGAGAGAAUAUCGCGGGAAGUGCGUGUCGUGCUGAAGGUGCCCAUCCGCGAGAUAUACACCUCUUGCGAGGCCGUGGUCGAGAAGAAGCGUGCUAUCAAGAGAGAAAUCGAAGAUAAGAGAGCCAGCAACGCGCUGUCCAUGACGUUCUUCAACAGGCUCCUGGCGAAAUCACAGACCCAGCUCACCAUUGUGCAGAACAUCAACCUUGAUAUCGACUAG